CGUCACCGAAGAAAUUGUGUCAAGGGCGCCCUCUGGCGGUUGGAAAUGAUAACACAGGAAAAAGAAAUAAAUUCCGCUUAAAAUCGCCAAGAAUAAAAAUUCGCUACAGAUAAGUCGAACGUGGCUCCUCCUGUCGAAUGUUAAGUGUACUAAUACUCCCCGCGAAAGAUGUCAUUGACGCAAAUUUUGAAACUGAAGGUUUGAAACAGUAUCAAGGACCGGACUAAAGGGUUGUUGGCCUUGACGGCUUUUGCAAAAGUAGAUCGAGUGUAAGGAAGAGAUGUAGACCAGAUGUCGGCGGUACUUCGACCGAGCCACCUACAGCCAUGUCCGCAUCGCAGGUACGUUGGUUGAUCUGUCUUCUACCUCUUGUUAUUGCUGGUCCGGGGCCCGUUUCGCAACCGGUAUACCGUUCCUAUUCGAGCAGUUACUACUAUUCGGAUUAUUCGUUUUCCAAAAAUCCACACAAACAUUCCUUCCUUCCUGGACCUCAAUAUUGCCCCGAUACGGGCAGGACGGUUUGUAAGAAGGUGUUUCACUAUCCGCACAAUGAAGCUGUAGAAGCUGUCAGCGGGACUAAGACUCCAAAGUUUAACUUCAGCAGCGUUUUUGUAGAUGAACGAGAUGGCGAUGCCGAACCCGAUCCAACUCAACUUCCGGAUAGGCCUCCAGGCCACUAUAAACACGACGGAUAUAUUGUAUACCAAACAUCCGUUCACUACGAUUAUCAAGUUCCCAAUACUAGACGAUGGGGUUAUGAUCCACCUUUCGUUCAUCCCAUACCACCUUACCAUAGGAGAAGGGGUAUCGUUAAACGAAACGAAGACGAACAACAAGCUUGUCCGGUCAGAACCAUGUUCAUCUCUCCUAGAGCCGGACUCAAUGACAAAUCUCAGUGGAAGUUCAUAAUCAACGUAGCCGAUCGAGAUCCUAAGUUUAAACAAAUUAUAAGAGUCGACGUUUGUGCGGCACCCGAUGAGCCUUGUUCGUCGCAAGUUUCUCUACCCUUAGGUUACGUCAGCAGAUGUCGUCAGAAAUAUAUUAAGAAAAAAUUAUUAGCGUUGGAUGCAGAUGGACAAGGAACAUCAGAAGAGAAUUUCUUUGUACCCUCCUGUUGCGUUUGUCACUUGGUUCGAGAGACAGAUGCCAAAUAACAACAUUCAAUUGUUCUGGCUAGUCACAUUGCGUUCAGUAUUCAUUAUUCGAUAUCAGGGAUGUUUACGCCAAUCACAGAUGUAUCGAGAUAUAAUUUUAUAAUUUUGCUGUACAGACUGAAAUAGCUUUAUUUUAUUUUUCUUUAGCAUCUCGUUACGUAUGAUGAUAAUCACUGGCAAAAAUUCAUAGAAAAUAAUAUAAAUUGUUAAAUACUUUUUUUAAAAUAUGAAAUGAAAACAUUUUUGAUUAUUAAAAUUUUUCAAGUUUUUGUAACGAUUGGCAACACUUACAAUAAAUUACCAUAUAUGGAGGAUUUCCCUAACGAAGAAAUUAUCUAAUAGUUAAGAUAGUUUAAAUGAACAAAUAUUUAAAAAAAAACAGUAAAUAAUAAACUAAAAUUAUAUUUUAUAAAUAUUUUACAAAAAAUAUAUUAUUACAAAAUUAUUAAGUUUAAAAAAAAUCGUGUUUUAGGGAAUUUUUAUCUAUAUUUAGGGAAAUUUAAGGAUCUCGUCACAAUGCUGUAAAAUCAGCUUUUAUAUAGAAAAUUCGCUUUGUUUUUAAUUUCUCGCUAUCUUUAUUUACUAGUUCGUUUCGAUAAAAUUUCGUCAUAAUUUCAUUACUUUUCAACUGCCCACAUUUAAAUGUUAGUAUGUAAUAAGGUUUACUAAUGAGGUCAUGGACAGUAGCAUCGUUUUCUUGAAUGAAAUGCCUAGUUUUGUAACUCGUCUGACAAAGUAGGCGUUUGAGGCUGCGGGUGUUCAGCCAGAAUUAGAUUUUUAUUUUAAAAAAAUUUAUAUAUAUAUAUAUAAAUAUAUUUGUAAACAAAGAAAACAAAACUGUCGCAGGCGAUCACUUACGAUUAAAUCCCUAAAAUAAUGUUUAGGGAUAUUUAUAGAAAUAAAU